GAACGUACCCCUAGUUCACCCACUGAGAGAAGCCAAGUCGCCUUCUCACCGCGCAUCCACCUGCCCGUCACGAAGCAAAUAAAAACGCGUGAGGCUCUAGUUAUUGCUUCGUCUGUCACCCUCAGCCUCUCGUCACUCUCUCCGGAAUAAAAAAAUAGCAGAGAAAAUGAGCGUCUACAGCUGGGAGACCUCUGGCAACGCCCAUCGCCACAAGAAGGUCAAAAAGACCGGCAUGGUGGUGCUGCACAGCGACGCCCAAGUUGACACGUCCUUCGAGCGCCUUCAGAGGGAGGUGACGGUGGAGCGGCGGCACGUCUCGCGGAAGGAGGCGCAGGAGGCCUUGGCGAACCCGCACACCGACACGGUGAAGACGGCGUUGAUGACGGCGUCGACGGCGAAGGUGUUAGAGAAAACGCUGGGCUUUUCGAGCUUGCUGCCGUGCCAGGCGCAGUGCUACCGCGGCAUCUUCAACGGCCGCGACGUGAUCCUGCACAGCCGCACCGGCAGCGGCAAGACGCUCGCGUACGCGCUUCCGAUCAUCGAGCGCCACCUCCUCGUUGAGCGGCAACGUGCGACCGACGCCGCGCCCGGCCCUUUUCUUCUCAUCUUUGUCUUCAGCAACGACCUGGCGAUGCAGACCCGUAGUGUGCUAACAAGUAUUUACGGCACGCAGAAGGGCCUGCGCAUUGCCGUGGCGGGCUUCGAUGACCUGCAGCCGGUUGCCACCGCCAGCGCAGACGAAGACCAGAAGAAGAAGAAACAGAAAGGUGGCAGUUCCACCUGCAACGGCGGCGCCAUCGAUAUUUUAAUCGGCACCGUUUGCACGCUGGAUGAGGCGAUCCGCGGGUACACGAUGGCGGCGAAGGCCACGGCGGCCGAGGAGGCGGAGGCGGCGCGAGAGGCGCGUCUGCUCGGCAAGAAGCACCAGCGUUUCACGUCAGCGAAGUCAGCAGCCGCAGCAGAAGGCGAAGACGAAGACGAAGACGAGGAUGACACAAACGCAGUAAACGCAUCGGACAACGACGACGACGAGGAGGAGGCCACUGCGGCGUCGGUGGCCACCCGCGUAGCUGGUGUGAUCUCGCCUGCCCGCGUCCGUGCGAUUGUCGUGGACGAAGUCGACAUGACCCUCGGCCCUCGCUUCUCCUCUCUCGGCCGCCGCAUGAAAGCGUUGCUAAAGUUUAUUCGUAGGGCGAACGGUGCGCUGUCGGAGGGUCUCCUGAACGACUUCCGCGCACACCACUACGUGCUGUGCGGGGCAACAAUCCCAAAUUGGGUGCUGAAGGCUGGGUUUCUCGGGGUGAAGAAGUACUACUACCAGCUGGUGGCUGUCGGCACGGCGAAGCUGCCGCCGCAGCUCGAGUGCUUUCACCAGCCGUGUGCGUGGGGCGACCGCGUGGCGACGGGGGUGCGUCUGCUGACCCAAAACGUGGGCUUCAACGGGCGUGUUGUGGUGUUUGGCACGACGAGGCAGAUGGUGGAGCUGGAGGAGGCCCUCAAGACCGCAGCGUCGUCUAGCACUGCUGCUGCUGCCGAAGCAACGAUCCACAACAGCAAGAAAAAGAAGGCGGCGGAUUCGGCCUCGCUCACGUCCUCCUCCGCCCUCGUCGUGCGUGCCCUCACGACGGAAAAGGAUGAGGCGGAGCGCGUGGCCGCGAUGGAGGACUUUAACAGCGGUGUCGCGCAGGUUCUACUCUGCACCGACGUCGCCGCACGCGGGCUGGACUUCGUCGAUGUGGACACGGUGUUGAUACUGAACCUGCCGCGUUACGCCCUCGCGCCGGACACGUUCGUCCACCGCGCGGGGCGUACGGCACGUGUGGGCAAACCCGGUCGGUGCAUUGUGCUGCACGACGCGACGGAGGCGUCGCUGCUCGAUGCGAUUGCGAAGUCGACGCACGUGGUGAUGAAGGCACUACCGGAUGCGGUGGCCGCCACAGCUGCGGCAGAUGCUGUUGCUUCGCUUGAGAAAUCAGAGGUAAAAGAGGUGAUUCUCUCGAUGAAGCUUGUGGUGCGCAACCCUUUCCGUUACACGAAGCCGCAGUUGAAGGUGCCCUCGGCGAUGCACGUGUUGAGCGCAAAUGUGGAUGAGACGCUGCGGCUGCAGCUGAAGGAUGUGCGUGAGGAGGACGGCAGCAACGGCGAGGUGGUACUGUUUCGUGUACCGGCCGGUCAGCUUCAUGAACUGAAGCAGAAACUGUGGAAGUACACGCUGCAGGAGGCAUGA